AUGAGCAAUGAAAGAAAAUCCAGGCUUCGAGAUAUACUUCAAAUUCUCAGUACAGAGCAAGAAAAUGACAACAAUGAAGAACGGAUGAACCGGACCACAGAAGCUGUGCAAGAAGUACAGACAUUACUUGCUCAAGGCGGGGUAGAAGAAAGAGUUCGGCAUCCGGGUGAGAGUUAUUUGGAUUCAAGAGUUCUACGUGUCGCAAGUGAUUUGGCGAUUAGCUGUUCAUUAGCAGUCAGCGGUAUCGAGAACAGAUAUGACAAACAUGAGCUGGCACUUCAUAUUCGGGAUAAUCCACAAUUCUGGACGUUUGCCUUCCCCCGUGAAGCUCCUGUUAUUUCAUCACUACAUGGAACAUUUGCGCCUACACCGCCCGAGCAGAGACCCAGAGCUCCUAGGAAACGAGUGGAGAGGCAGCAGGCUGCUCAAUUAAAAGCUCCUGAGAAUGUGGAGAGGUUGGAGAAAACCGAUGAAGGUUCUGAGAUGGUGGGUAGGGUUAACCGGUUUAUAAACAAGGCGUGCCGAAACGGACCAAUCAGCUACUACCAUAUGGUAUUGGAUCCUACGAGCUUUAGUCGAACCAUUGAAAAUAUUUACUACCUGUCAUUUUUAGUACGGGACGGACUUAUUUCUGUGUUUGAAGAUGACGAAUAUGGGCUUCCGUUUGUGAAGCCAAUGCCUGCGCUGGCGACACAGAAUACAGCUAGUGACAAAAACCAACUCAUUGUUUCUAUCGACAUGCAACGAUGGAGGGACCUGACGGAGGCGUUUGGCCUAAGAGAACCAAUGAUGGUCAUAAAAAGGAUCGGGGUUUCUGCUAAGUGA